AUGAUUCAUGCAGUAGUAAAGCAAAAUAGUGUUGCAAUAGAAGCUAAACAAGUCCCUUACCAUGCAGCUCUUGAAUAUGAUCAUGAAAUUAUUUGCAGUGGCUCCGGUAUAAGUUCAAGAUUCGUUUUAACAGCCGCUCAUUGUCUCAUGGAAGUUAAACAGAUGAGGAAGUUGACGGUGAUAUUCCAAAAAGAUGCUAAAAACGGCGGCUAUGCGUAUAGAGUCCGAAAAUUAUUCACUCAUCCGUCAUAUCGCGAGAAAAAAUAUCAUGAUUUUGACUAUGAUUUCUCGUCCUUUCUACUUUCUAGUGGAAUUAGUACCGAGAGUUUAUGGAUAAGAAGUGGAUCAGCGUGUCAUGCGAAUGGCGGUAAAAUUUCUAGAGUCAGAAAGGUUAUUACACAUCCGAAAUUUAAUAAGAACACCUUUGACUAUGAUUUUGCGAUUCUGAAGUUAGACAAAGAUUUGAAAUUUAACGGAAAGACCAUGGCAGUUGAACUACCACGACAGAAUAACAAAAUCAAUCAUACGAUCGUCAUGCUGGUAUCCGGAUGGGGACUUACAAAUAAAUCGUCUGAAAGAGUUUCUAAUGAAUUGUUGGCUGUAAAUGUCCCCACGGUUAGUUAUAAGAAGUGUCAGAAGAUUUACAAAAAAAUUCGCAACGUUACUCCGAGGAUGUUCUGUGCUGGAUACAAUGAAGGCGCCAAGGAUACCUGCGAAGGAGAUUCCGGUGGACCUCUCGUUAAGGAUAGGGUUCAGUAUGGAAUUGUAUCUUGGGGAUAUGGUUGUGCUAUCAAAGGAUUUCCUGGAGUUUAUGCCCGAGUCGCAUCUGUUCGCAACUGGAUAAGAAAUGUUACUGGAAUUUAGAAGUCUUGGAAAAUAUCGAGAAGUCUUCACACACUUUCCUUUUUAUAACAUAAUAAAAUGUAGAAAAUGUUCCACUAA